GUAUCAAACUUGCUCAAACAAUGGGCUGGUGGCUGGUUUCCAGAGUCAGUAUUUUCCAUCUGUGCUUGACCGUGAAUGGCAAUUUUACUGCUGCCGCUACAGCCGGAGAUGCCCGUACUCAUGCUGGUUAACGACAGAAUAUCCAGGACACUAUGGAGAAGAUAUGGACAUGAUGAUGUACACCUAUGACCAUUACAUCCGCGGGGCAACCACAACGUUCUCUGCUGUGGACAGGGAUCGCCAGUGGAAAUUCAUUGUCUGCAGGAUGACAGAGUAUGACUGCCCAUUUCAAAAUGUUUAAAAAGAUCGAGUGUCCCAACUUGGAAAGCCUGGGGAUGAACGGGGUGGGAUGAGGGUCAGUGAUUAUGGGAGAAGGACAAUUAGGCUCACAAGCAAAGUACCAAGACUCAUCAGCUGUCUGCUGAAGAUACAAUUGUUUCCCCCUGGAGCGAGUAAAUAAAUUUCCAGCCCACGUGCUUGCAACAGCAGUUUUGGAGGAUUCCUUCAAGCUGCACUGGCAGUUGCAUCCCCCAACUAAAACUGCUUACGACAUUCACGUUUAUGAUACACAAGUUUAUGGCAUAUGCAGUUACCUUUUGUAUAUAUUCAUAUAGCCAUUCUGAACACAUA